UUUAGUGACCUAACACCUCUCAUUAUUCUAGCCUAUAUAAAACAAGACAUCUGCAGAUGUAGUUAGACAAAGAUUUUACAACUUUAAUCAUUUACUGCAGAAAUUCAUAAGAUGAGUUGCAAUCUUUUUGCUGUUUUUCUAAUGUUGCUGUUGGCUUUUUUCUAUAUUGAUCAUGCAGCUGCAAGGGAUCACAACUGUUGCCUUGCCUAUUCCAAAAAGCCAUUGCCAAGCAGUCGGAUAAAAGGCUACACAAUACAGACCAACAAAAAUUCAUGCAACAUUGAAGCAGUAAUUUUCCAUACAAUCAAAAACAAACAUGUUUGUGCAAACCCAAGAGAUAAAUGGGUGUUGAACAGAAUCCAGCAUCUGAAGGUUGAAGUGGAAAGAAUGUCUUAAAGAAAAUAUGCACUUUACAGUCAACAAGAAAGGAAAUGAUACUUGCAAUACAAAAUGUAUUUUAAGUUUCAAAAUGUUGAAUAUAGUAUACACAUUUUAUACAUUUCUAUUUUUAUAUCCAUUAUUUUUUUAAGCAAUAAUAAAAAAAAGUCCCACAGUAGUUUGAAAUAGCACCCCCAGACCUAAAGGUUUUACUAAACUGUGAUUUUGUAUUUUUUUUUUAUGUUACUUUAAAAGUUUUAGUAAACUGUGACUUCUACAUGCUCUGUUACUGUUACAACAACUUUCGACUCAUUCUAUUAUUGUAAAUUAGUGGGUUAAUCCGUGUAAAUUGAUUAUGAUUGUGCACUACUUAAUUCUUAAAAUAUUGUGAAAUUAUAUUAUUAUAGUUUUGUAUGUUGUCAUAAA